UCUUAACCCCGAGAGCACCUGUGCAACAUUCACAUCUACUCGCAAUGAAGGGGCCCAGGGGCUGUUUUUUCUGGGAAACCCCAUUUCUUUCUUUUUAUUCUUCAUCAUAAUCGAACCUUCGCCGCGACUCAUUGACUUCAUUGACUAUGAGGAGUGCGUCAGAUAGCCGGUUUCGUUGUUGCUGUUCUGUUGUGGUGGUAAAAGCAGGUCCAUUGGCUGAGCCAGACGCGCUUUUUCACGUAUUUUUUUGUAUCCGAUCUUUACUGCGAACCACCCCUACCGAACCAUCCUGUAUUUCACUCUGCGAUCGUCAGGGCAGAAAUGACGGCCCUUGUACCUCGCCACGCCUCUAUCACUUCCUUCAAACUUGCAGGGCUCGAGAUCGACUGGGCUUCACUGGAGGAGCUGAAGAGCCUCAGACGGCUGAAGAAGAUGACUGCUGUAGGCAUUCACAUCAACCGCCGCUGGAUCAGUCUGAUAUCCCGAUGCUCCAAUCUUCAACGGCUAUACUUAAAGCUCUAUGACGGUAAUGCUACUUCCGACAACGCAGCACUUCAAAAGAUUGCUCUUUAUGCCGCUGCCGCUGCCUGGCCUCAGCUCGAGUCUAUACACUUUGCUGAACAUCGUAUGGUGGAUGACGAUUUGGCCAUCCUUCUUAGUGCGCUCAAGCGAUGCCAUUUUUUGGACGUAUGCGGGUUUUGGCCGCGCUCUUCCCAGGCAUUCCAUAAACACUUUGCGACAAUCGAGACCCUCAAUCUGUGCAAGUGUCCUACAUUGACAAGCAUGAUGGUGCAAGAAAUCCUGUCGUCCAGUCCCUAAUUGGAGUCAUUACUUGCAACUCAAGUCCAUGCCAAGGAUAUUGCCCGUGGCCGGCCAUGGAACUGCACUAACCUGUUGACGUUCGGUUGCUUCAUCAACUUUGGGGGGACCUGCAACAACUCCAAGCGCAGAUGACGUCUCGGCAGAUACCGCAGCUGCUGGAGUAGAAGAAGAGCAAGCACGCGAUCAGGAAACACAAGAGGAUUAUCGACUACAAAAAAAGUUUUCG